AUUCAGUUCUAAGGUUUCUGUCUGUGGAGAUACACUCUAGAUCAUGUAUGUGAUACUUUUAACACAGCAGGUGUGUGUAUGUGUGUGUGUGUGUGUGCUUGAGAUGAUUGACAUAGCAGUCAGGUUGUAUUUCUGGUCUUCAGUAUCUACUUGGCCCCGUUUCUCUGGCUGCCUCUAGUCUUCUGAAACGCCAUCUUAUUGGAAGUCUGUCACUCCAGUCUGGACAGAGAGAGUGGAGACAUUUUGAGCCCUGGCUAUCUUCAUCCCAAAACACAUAGGUUGCAUCCAGCCAUGGAACGGGACCCUGCAGAGGAGAGUGAAGCUAAGGAUGAAGCUCCCGAUGCUGAGCUGGCCACAGCUAUCAUGAAGAGGCACUUCCGUCCAUCCCUGAUCAAGACUGAGGCCUGGGAGGGAUACACUUUCGCUGACCUGGAGAUUAAAAUCAAGGAGUCGACUGACUGUUACGGUGCUGUGCUGUGGCCUUCAGCCAUGGUUUUGUGUCAUUUCCUUGACACUCAUCGGGAAAAGUACAACCUUGUGGACAAGAACGUCAUCGAGAUUGGAGCUGGAACUGGCCUUGUCACUAUAGUAUGCAGCCUUCUAGGUGCAAAAGUGACGUCCACAGACCUUCCCGAUGUUCUGAGUAACCUGCGGUACAACGUUAGCCGUAACACCAGGGGGCACUGUCGCUAUGAGACCCAGGUGAUGGAGCUCAGCUGGGGGCAGCAGCUGGAAGAGCGCUUCCCCCAUGCCUCCUGUCACUACGACUACAUUAUGGCAGCUGAUGUGGUGUAUGCUCAUCCUUACCUCGAUGAACUGAUGGAGACGUUUGAACACCUGUGCUCGCAGGACACUGUGAUCCUGUGGGCAAUGAGGUUCAGGCUGGAGCCUGAGAACAGCUUUGUGGACAGAUUUCAAACCCGCUUCCACUUGGAAGAGCUCUAUGACCUGCCCAGUCUGCGAAUUAAGUUGUACAGAGCGCAAAAGAAAGUCUCACAGAGUCAGUCUGGGGCUGCAGCAUAGAACUGAGGGUGAAACUGUCCUGGAUUUAUUGUGUGUGGACAUUUAGCUGUUUUAGUCAGGACUGUAUGUCACCAGAAUGCUAACAAUUUUGACAUUGAUAGCAGACCAAACUGGUCUCUGUGAGGAAAAAUAAUUUUUUCUUUUUUUUUUUUUUUUUGGGAUAAAAAUGCAGCUUUUCUUUUAAAACGUUAAAAUACUGGCAUGCCAGCUGUUGGAUUAAAUUAACUGUAGGCAUGUUUCUAACUUUGAAUUGUAAACUCUCAGUUAGCAGCUAAAGAAACUAUGUUUCCGGUGUCAAUUCCAGUGAUUGUUUCCAGAGUUGUUCAUUACAAAUAUUAUUCUCAGUAUAACAGUUUGGCUGAAAAGUAGAAGUGUUGAAUGGUUACAUACCACAUUUUCAAGGUCGUCUCAGACUCCACCAUAUAUAUGUAAAUGUUGCCUUCACAAUUAUUGACACCCAACAAACGAGCAAAGUGAGCUAGAAAAACAUUCGGUAUUACUUAUCCCUUUGAUCUUUUAUUCAACAUAUUUUUAAAAAUUAACCUUUGUACAGCAUUUGAAACAAAAGACUUAAAUCUUAUCAUGAAGCAAAUAUUUUUUCUCAAAUCUACAGUGGUGCUUAAAAGUUUGCGAACCCUUUAGAACUUUCUAUAUUCCUGCAUAAAUGUGACCUAAAACUUCAUCAGAUUUUCACUCACGUCCUAAUAGUAGGUAAAGAAAACCAAAUUAAACAAAUGAGACAAAAAUAUGA